UCGUAAACAGCAGGAUUAUGAAAGCAUGAUCAAAGACUGCGACACAAACUCACUCAUGGCCGCUGGUUCAUGGCUUAUUUAGCACCUCGGCUGCGACUGUCACUCAUCGUGGUGCCCGGUGUGUCCGUGUUCAGACGCCUGAGCUCGGGCGGGAUGGAGAGCAUGGGUCUGGCGGUGAGUCGGUCCCCGCUGGAGCGGCUGGAGUUUGACAACGCCGCCCUGAGGAAGCUGCCCGUGGACCCGUCGGAGGAGCCCGGUCCGCGGCAGGUGAAGGGAGCCUGCUUCGCCCAGGUGACGACGCAGCCGCUGACCCGGCCUCACUUCGCCGCCGUGUCGCAGGCCGCCCUGGGGCUGCUGGGGCUCCGCGGGGAAGAGGUCACCGACGACCCGCUGGGGCCGGAGUACCUCAGCGGCUCCAGGGUGAUGCCCGGGUCCGAGCCCGUCGCCCACUGCUACUGCGGGCACCAGUUCGGACAGUUCGCCGGGCAGCUGGGCGACGGGGCGGCCUGUUACCUGGGGGAGGUGAAGGUUCCUCCGGGUCAGGAUCCGGAGCUGCUGCGGGAGAACCCGAGCGGCCGGUGGGAGAUCCAGGUGAAGGGAGCCGGGCUGACUCCUUUCUCCAGACAGGCUGAUGGCCGUAAGGUUCUGCGCUCCAGUAUCAGAGAGUUCCUCUGCAGUGAGGCCAUGUUCUUCCUGGGUGUGCCCACCACCAGAGCUGGCUCCGUGGUGACCUCUGACAGCAGGGUGGUCCGGGACGUGUACUACAGCGGAAACCCGCGCCAGGAGAGAUGCUCGGUGGUUCUCCGCAUCGCACCCACCUUCCUCAGGUUUGGAUCCUUUGAGAUCUUCAAGCGGGCCGACGAGUCCACGGGGCGUCAGGGUCCCAGCUACGGACGAGAUGAGAUCCGAGGUCAGAUGUUGGAUUACGUCAUUGAGAUGUUUUACCCUGAGAUCCAGCAGAACUACCCCGAGCGAGUGGAGAGGAACGUGGCUUUCUUCAGAGAGGUGAUGCUCCGUACAGCUCGACUCGUGGCUCAGUGGCAGUGUGUAGGUUUCUGUCAUGGAGUCCUGAACACAGACAACAUGAGCAUCCUGGGACUCACGCUGGACUAUGGUCCCUAUGGCUUUAUGGACAGGUUUGAUCCAGAUUUCAUUUGCAACGCCUCCGACAACUCGGGCCGUUACUCGUACCAGGCCCAGCCGGCGAUCUGCAGGUGGAACCUGGUGAAGCUAGCAGAAACUCUGGCCCCGGAGCUGCCACCGGACCGGGCUGAGUCUGUCAUGGACGAGUACCUGGAUCUGUACAACGGCUUCUACCUGGAGAACAUGAGGAAGAAACUGGGCUUUUUGAAGAAGGAGGAGCCUGAGGAUGAAAUUCUGAUCACCGAGUUGCUGCAGACCAUGCACAAUACAGGCGCCGACUUCACGAAUGCGUUUCGCAGCUUGAGUCAGAUUUCCUGUCCCACUGAGGGAGAAGCUGAAGGAGAAGAGGAGCUGGUGAAGAAGGCAGCAGAACUCCUGCUGGAGCAGUGCUCCUCCUUAGAGGAGCUCAAGGCCGCAAACAAACCGACGAUGGAUACACGUGAGCUGGCGAUGCUGCUCUCCAUGGCUCAGAGCAACCCAGCGCUGUUCCAGAUGAUCUCAGACAGGAUGACACUAUCGAGGCAGUUGGAAAAACUCAGCCGACUGAAAGACCUGAUGGAGACGAGCGGGGAGGAGCUGAGGGUGAAACAGGCCGAGGACUGGACUCGCUGGAUCGCAGGCUACAGGAAGCGUCUGGCUCGCGAGCUGGAGGGGCAGAGCGACGUGCGGGCCGCCCAGGAGGAGAGGGAGAGAGUGAUGGACGCCGCCAACCCGCGCGUGGUCCUCAGGAACUACAUCGCCCAGAAUGCAAUCGAGGCCGCCGAGAGCGGGGACUUUUCUGAGGUCCAGCGGGUCCUCAAGGUUCUCGAGAAGCCUUUCUCUGCACAGCCAGGUCUGGAGCGUCCUGCGUGGGCGGGCGGAGGCGGCGCCGCCGAACGGGCGGAGAACGACGAGGGGGAGGAGCAACGGCAAGAAGCUGCGUCUUCAUCCGCAGCCAGAGAUCCAGUUCCCUACAACAGCAAACCUCCCGCUUGGGCUAAUGAACUCUGCGUCACAUGAUCUUCGUAGUAACUUUCCUGAUUAUCAGCUCGUCUGCCUGAAAUGAAGAGAGCGCUUAUUAUGGUUUUUACUUUUAAUGUCUCUCCCCUCUCUUCCAGUCAUUGUACAGCUCUCUCUUUCAUAGGCAGGCAGCAUCAGGGAAGUUAGCAUGAGGCACGACACACCACAGGAUCCUCACUGAUACAAAACAAACAGGGACGGAGUUGAUUUUGGUUAAAAUACAUAAAAUUACAAACAUGACGGGGCCAUAUCUGGUUAAAAAAGGUUUUGACCAUGUGUGAAGUGGGUUUUAAGGAUAAGUUUCCCCCGAUGGCUUCACAUUUCUGAAUAAAACAAGAUGUUGUGAUGGAGUUUAACAAUCGAACGCAACUUAAUCUUAGGAAUUAACUUGACUUUAUUCUUAUUUCCUGUAAAUUUCCCAAAAAAUGGCUCCCUCAGCUCGUUCCCUGUCUGUUUAGUGUUUAGUUGGGUAUUAAUGACGAGUCAGACAACAAGUCCUACAGUGACCUGUCUGGUUCUGAUGACCUGUGGGGUGUCACCUCAACAUAUACCAAAUAAUAUGACGUAUAUAGUAUGCGUGUGGGUGAAAGAUGAUGUUUGAAGUGUGCUUGUGGUUGAAAGGGAAUUGCUGCACUUGAUCCUUUAAGCCGCAGAAGAUAAAACGCACAAUAUAUUCUCCUGUUAUUGUAAACACCACAACUGGCAUAGAACAAAACCACAAUUAUGAACUUAGUUGUUUAAUCUCACGUUAUGUGAACAUCGAGAUGCCAGUUGAGAGAUAGAAAAAUGGGAAAUGCAUGACUGAGCAUUGUAUUCUGGUGGUGACAAGACAAACCAUAAGAACAAGGUUAUUAACGUGUUAUAAAUGUGAUGUUAUCAAGAGUGAGAUUCUAGAUAAGGGAAGAAACACCCAUUCAUGAAUUUACUGCCUUAAAGGGCAUGCACCACUGGUGGUUACUCUUAACCUUUUGAAUCCAGAUCAAUCUGUUGGUUUGGAUAUGAGUUUUAGAUAUGUUGUAAAAACUUGACAUCCAAUGACAGGAAUGGACAUGAAAUGAGAUUUUAAUUUUGCUUAAUAAGUGUGAAAUAUAACUUUGAGCGCUUCCUCAGCUAUUGCUUUAACCCAUCUUAAUAAACAGAGCAAUGUGUAA